AUGGGCGCCGACGGUGGAAGCAUCCCAGACCGACGCGACCUCGUCAAGACGCGUGGCAAGGCCGCCACGGCCGACAAAGCUGUUUCGCGCGAGCGUUUCUUCUACUGUGCCCUCAGCAAGAAACGGCUGGCCAAGCCAGUAGUCGCCGACCCUCUUGGCAAGCUGUACAACAAGGACGCGGCGAUCGAGUACCUCCUCGACAAGAGUGCUUACGGCGACGGCGAACAGAUCUGCCCGUACAUCAAUGGUGUCAAGGAUCUUCUCACGUUGAAUGCGCAGCCGAAUCCGGACGAGGGCGAGGGCAAGGCGCCCUUCGUGUGCUGGUUGUCGCUCAAGGAGAUGAACGGCGCUGUGCCCUUCAUUGCUCUCCGGCACUGCGGCUGCGUGUUCGCCGACGGCGCGCUGCGCGCCGUUCUCCCCAACCUCGCCAAGAUUGGUGAGACGGCUGAGGAACCCUCCCAAGUCGCCUGCCCAAACUGCACGAAGACUUUCGACCCCACCUCGUCAUCAGCCGUGCUUCCGAUCUAUCCCACGCAGGAGGUGCAGGACGUGCUCCUCACGGCGCUAUUUGCAGCGCGCGCCGUCGCCAAGGCCAACAAGAAACGCAAGAAUGGCAAGGACAAGGAGAAGAAGGAGGACAAGGGGGAACGCGCAACAAAAGUCGCCAAGCUCAAGAAUGAUCGUUCGGCAUCCGGCUCACCCGCGCCAGCGGCUGCCAACUCGUCCCUCACAUCGAGUGUGCGCGCCCAGCUUGCCGAGCAAGAGAAGAAGCGGUUGGCGGCGCAGGCGGGGAUGAGCGACGCCGUCAAGGCCAUGUUCCACAACGGUGAUACGGGCAAGAAGGGCGACGUUGCGGAUUUCUUUGGACGCACGUACAACCGCUACGCGACGUCUUAG